AUGGUUCUUCAAGCUGUUGAGGUGCUGCGCAUCAAGGUUAAAGAAUUUGGGAAGUGCCAAACAGGCGAGAUGGUGCAGUGGAAGAAGCUCUUUGGUUUGAACAGCCAAGACCGCCGCGGUCUACGAGAGGAGAUGCGCCGCCGUAAGUAUAUGCCUCUUUUCCAAGGAAUGUCGGUGCUCAAUGGCUAA